AUGUUUACCAAUGCUUCUACUAGUUCUGUCCAACAUGUAAUUAAUCACGUUCGUGAAGUUGUUACCUCGGAUAUGAAUGACACUUUAUUGGUUGAGUUCACUCAUGAUGAGGUAAAGAGAGCUUUAUUCCAAAUGCAUCCUACAAAAGCACUGGGACCUGACGGUACUGAUGUCUCUAAUGCAAUUCUUGAUUGUAUAAAUUCUGGUAACAUCUUGCAUAGCAUUAACUUCUCUCAUAUAACUCUGAUUCCAAAAAGAAAAAAUCUGGAGAUUAUGUCUCAUUUACAGCCAAUAAGCCUUUGCAAUGUCAUUUUCACCAAAGUUUUAGCUAACAGGCUUAAGUUGAUUCUGGGGAGCAUUAUAUAUGAAUGUCAAAGUGCUUUUGUAGCAAAUAGAAUGAUCAUAGAUAAUAAUCUCAUCUCCUUCGAGACUUUGCAUUAUAUGAAAUCCAAAUGUCAAGGGAACACUACACAUGUGGCGUUAAAGCUUGACAUGAGCAAAGCUUACGACAUGGUUGAAUGGGAUUAUCUAAAGGCUUUGAUGUUGAAGAUGGGGUUUCAUCAGAAAUGGGUUGAUUUGAUCAUGGUAGGGGUCUCAUCUGUAUCUUACUCGGUGUUGGUAAAUGGAGCACCUUCAGGUUUUAUCAAACCUUCUAGAGGCAUUCGCUAA